AACGCCGAAAGUAUGAAAUCUGGAGUAUUCACGCGAUGCUGGCGGUGGCGAUGAGGGGAGGGAGACGCGACAGAGCGGUUUUUUCUGCGGUGCCUCUGUGGAGCGAAGGCCGUUAUAUUGAGAGAAAUGCGGACUCCUUUCUCCCGUAGAUGUUAAGCGCAGAAGAAGACGCAAGAUGAAGAAGCAAUUCAAUCGAAUGCGACAGCUCGCCAACCAAACGGUGGGCAGGGCAGAAAAAACAGAGGUGUUAAGCGAGGACCUUUUACAGGUGGAGAAGCGUCUGGAUCUGGUCAAACAGGUGAGCCAUAGCACCCACAAGAAGCUGACUGCCUGCUUGCAGGGCCAGCAAGGAGCUGACGUGGAGAAGAGAUCUGUCAAGUCACCCUCCAAAAAGUUGCCGCUCACUAUCCUGGCACAGUGUAUGGUAGAGGGGGCCGCAGUGUUAGGAGAUGACUCCCUUCUUGGGAAGAUGCUGAAGCUGUGCGGUGAGACGGAGGAGAGGCUGGCCCAGGAGCUCAUCCAGUUCGAGUACCAGAUAGAGAGAGAUGUAGUGGAGCCUCUCUACGUGCUAGCUGAGGUGGAUAUCCCCAACAUCCAGAAGCAGAGGAAGCAUUUAGCCAAACUUGUCUUGGACAUGGACUCAGCUCGGACAAGAUAUCAGCAGUCAUCUAAGUCCUCCAGUCACCCAAGUACUUUGCAGUCUGGUGCCAAGGCUGAAUCCCUGAGAGAGGAGAUGGAGGAGGCAGCCAAUCGGAUGGAGAUCUGCAGAGAUCAGUUGUCGGCUGAUAUGUACAAUUUUGUGGCCAAAGAAAUAGACUAUGCAAACUACUUUCAGACGCUUAUAGAAAUACAGGCGGAGUAUCACAGGAAAUCAUUAGAGAUUCUCCACAGUGUCCUGCCCCAGAUUAAAGCUCACCAGGAGGCGUGGGUGGAGAAGCCGUCCUUUGGGAAGUCUCUGGAGGAACACCUGAACAUUAGCGGCAGAGAGAUCGCCUUCCCCAUCGAGGCCUGCGUCACCAUGCUGCUGGAGUGCGGCAUGCAAGAGGAGGGCCUGUUCAGAGUGGCUCCCUCGGCCUCCAAGCUGAAGAAGCUGAAAGCCUCCCUGGACUGCGGAGUCUUGGAUGUGCAGGAGUACUCAGCUGACCCGCACGCCAUCGCAGGGGCUCUGAAAUCGUACCUCCGGGAGCUCCCGGAGCCGCUGAUGACCACUGAUCUUUAUGAGGAAUGGAUUCAGGCUUCCAACAUUCAGGACAUGGACAAGAGGCUACAGGCGCUACUGGCCACGUGUGAAAAACUCCCCACAGACAACUUGAACAAUUUCAGAUACCUAGUCAAAUUCCUAGCGAAACUCACGGAGUACCAAGACGCCAACAAGAUGACUCCCGGUAACAUGGCAAUCGUGCUCGGCCCUAACCUGCUGUGGACACACUCUGAAGCGAACAUGACAGAGAUGAUGACCACGGUGUCCCUGCAGAUCGUCGGUAUUAUUGAACCCAUUAUUCAGCACGCUGACUGGUUCUUCCCCGGGGAGAUUGAGUUCAACUUGACAGGAAGCUAUGGCAGCCCCAUCCACACCAACCACAACUCCAACUACAGCUCCAUGCCCUCACCAGACAUGGACCAGUCAGACCGUAAGCAGCAGCAUGACCAGAGUCGACGCCCACUCAGCGUUGCUACCGACAACAUGAUGCUGGAAUUUUACAAGAAGGAUGGUAUGGGCGUACGGGUGAUGGAUACAUCCUGGGUGUCCCGCAAGGGUUCAUCCACGUUAGCACGCAAAGCCUCCUGCACCCCCCCAGGCAUGCAGGGCCCGGGAUCUCCUGCAGACACGCUUAUCCUGGAGCAGCCCGGGGAACUGGCUACCUCCCCCUCUGCUACACCGCCACCUGGAGACAGGGUUGGCUCAGAUGACGUGUCGCCCAAUCGGCUGGACACCUCUCAUGCCUACCCAUCCCAAGGGGAGGACCGGCCACCCCCUCCUUACCCCAUCUCUGCGUGCCACCCUGCCCCGCACCACUUCUACCCCAAACCCCCGCCUUGCGCUCGCCCUGUGGCCCCGGGUCCGGAGUCCCAGCCCCCCGGCUCCCCUCCUCCCCCGGUGCGCUGGUCCGGCUUCACUCCCCCCGUCCCGCACACCUCCUCCUCCUCUUCCUCCUCCUCCUCUUUAGACAUCAACUCGAACCCCAAGCCCAGCUGCCUGCACUUCCCCAAGCACGGCCCGCCUGGCGACGUGCCGCAUGCCCCCCCACCUGACCCUAACGCUUCGCCACUCUACAUGAAAACCCCUUUGAUACUAACCCGCCACGACCUGCCCCCCAGCAACCCCCCUAGCCUACCUUCCUCCGCGCCCCCGCCCCCACCGUGGGCUGCCUGUCCAUGUGCCAGAGAGAGAGGACCCCCAAGGCUGACUAGUACAUUGAAGAGUAAAGAGCUUUCCCCUGUAAUUGGACACAAAGCCAUCCAGGUGGCAGGUCCAACAGUGCUCCCUGGCAGUAGUCCACAGAGCAGCAGCCAGUCUCCCCACUCCACAGAGCACAGUCCACACACCCUGCGCAAAGGUUCUAAGAAGCUGGCCCCUGUUCCUCCCAAGGUGCCCUACGGCCAGUCUGGCGGGAUGUCCGACCAGUCCACAGGUCAGCCGUCGCCGGUCAGCCUGUCCCCAACCCCACCGAGUACCCCUUCCCCCUACGGACUGGCCUGCCCUCCGGGGCAAGCGCUCGCGUCCUCUCCAGGGCAGGCCCCCCUGGGGGCAACCCACUCCCUGUCGUCCCCGCCCUCCUUAACCGGAACACUCACCAAGUCCCGGCCUGCCCCUAAGCCCAGGCAGAGACCCAGCCUGCCCCCUCCUCAGCCGCCCACGGCCCCCCCAGGGCUUUCCGGCCCAGCCUCGGCCCCGGUUCCCCAGCCCCUGGAGCAGGGCCUCCUGGACGGACUGUCCCCCGGGGAGAGCAUGUCCACAGAUAUCUUCAAUUAUGAAAUCCCCUCCAUCAAUGUCAAUCUGGACAGCCUCAUCGAUGAGUUCAGCGGUGCCCCCUGCAGGAGCUCCCUGGCAGUGACAGACUCUCCAGAGGGGGAAGCUGUGCCUGAGGAGGAGCCCCAGAGCACCACCCUAUGACCUAUGAUCAUAAGGUAUCCCAGUUUAUCAGUACCAGUACAGCUGUACAUACUGUAACUGUCACGAGAAGCCACCGCCAAGGCCUGACAGAAACACCACUUGGCCUCACCAAUGCCCACCUGAAAACCAGAACUCGUCCCCUCCCUCACAUCUGCUACAGGCUGCAAAGAAAAACACGUCCUAUGGAAUUGCUAGCUAGCACAUAGAUAUGACUACAAAAAACACACCAAAAUGCCAUAGUGGAGGAACAGUUGCCUUUAGGAGGGAAGACUGGAAAUACACAGGAGUAUUUAUGCCAAGUUAAGUUUUGAUGUUGUGGUUGUUUCGCUUUGCUUUGUUCAUCUUUGUUUCUUGAAGCAGUGGUCUGUAUUUUUGCAAUUCUUUUUAUUUUUAUUUUUGUUUGUUUUUUUUGUUGUUUUUUUUUGCCUUAUCAGAAAUGCAAUCAAAUUGCAAUAUGAAACUUAAGCUGUACUAGUGAAGUUUAGGGAACCUCAGAGCCUGACAUACUUAGAAACAAAACCUGUUCUCAGGGUGAGACAGAGAGAAAGUAUGAGCGAGAGCGACAGAGAGAGAGAGAGAGAGCGAGUAUGUGUUGCGUACAGGGUAUCGUAGUUUAAUGCACAUUAGGGAAAACCGUUUAGCUGGAGAGUUAGCUUAGGGGCGCGGUGUGAACCGCGGCGUCCUCGCUGCACCGUUUUAAAAGGGGCUAUGUCUAAUUCCCACCUGAGCGCUGACUUCCGUCAUCCGGGAAGGUGAAUAGCAACUGCAAGCCAAUGCACGCAAGAUGAGAAAAUUUGGAUUCAAAAAAAAAGGAAGAAAAAGCAGAUGUGACAACAUCUGGGAUUUCCGAACAAAUCCAGUACAUAUCAGUUUGCUGCAAUCGCUGUGUAGUUAGUUGUGGUCCGGGAGUGGGGUUUUUUUUGGGGGGGGCCUUUUCCCCCAAUUGUAUCCGGCCUAUUACCCCACUCUUCCGAGCCAUCCCGGUCUCUGCUCCACCCCCCUCUGCCGAUCCGGGGAGGGCUGCAGACUACCACAUGCCUCCUCCGAUACAUGUGGAGUCGCCAGCCGCUUCUUUUCGCCUGACAGUGAGGAGUUUCGCCAGGGGGGGUGGAGCACGUGGGAGGAUCACGCUAUCUCCCCCCCCAGUCCCCCUUUCCCCACUGAACAGGCGCCCCGGCCGACCAGAGGAGGCGCUAGUGCAGCGACCAGGACACACACCCACAUCCGGCUUUCCACCCGCAGACACGGCCAAUUGUGUCCGUAGGGACGCCCGACCAAGCCGGGGGCAACACGGGGAUUCGAACCGGCGAGCCCCGUGUUGGUAGGAAAUAGAACAGACACUCACAACAGCAACAACUCUGCUCAGUGGGCUCUUGAGUUUGAAUGGGGGAGUUGGGGGGGGGUCAGUCAUUUACUUUGUUUCCGUUAAUCAGCAACCCUGGGCAGUAUUCACCUGCCCUAUCUCGCUUCAGGAAAGAGGAAGUGUUACACAUAGCCCCUUUGUCACGGUUUUAUUUGUCCCGGUCCUAAUUUCCCUCGCUCCCCCACCAAAGGUAGACAAUAAUGUGUAGUAUCUUCUAAAGCAGGAGCGGUCCGCAGGUUCGCCUCUGGCAUUCAGGAUGAUCUCCCCCCACCCACCCACCCCCACCCCCCUUUUAUUAUUUAUCAUCACACACAG